CAAGUCGCCGACAGCAGCGACACAAAUACACGAGUUUCCUCUUGUUUUAUUCUCUGAUAGAAAUCACACAGGUCAAUAGAGUCUAUUUGAAUCAACAUUAACAUGUCCACGUGUCGGGAGAUGAGGAGUUUAGAGGAGGUGCAGGCCACGCUGCAGAUCGCCAAACUGAAAGAGGACGAUCUACAGAAGACCAUCCACUGUCUGUCCUUUGGAGAAAAUGUGUCCUCUGCAGAUUACUGCCUGUUGGAGCUGGACGAGACGCUGUAUAAACACCUCGAGGCUGGACAACGUCUGGUGAUUCGGGGGGAUAAGGAGGAGCAUGCUGUGCUCUGCAGUGGAGACACAACCUACGAUCUCAAAAUAGCCGACACCUCCAACGUCCUGCUGUUUUUGCCAGAAUGCAAAACAAUGGACCAACUCACCAACAGCCAGGAAAGCUCCCAUGUGGUGCCCACUCAGAUCUGGGGAUUUUGUAACAGCUACUGGGAACUGAGGAAGCGGCGUCCUAAACUGAAGAAACUGACAAAGCUGUUAAUGGAGAAUCCAUAUGAGGGACCUGCUUUGGGGGGGCAGCUGGAGAACACAGAGAACAGGUACACAAUGCCAGAUCUGUUGGAGAGGAUCCAGGCCAGUGAAGAGGAAAUACAGACCCAUUUAGAAACCAUCCAUGCCUGUCAGAUCGAUGGUUCCUGGUGCAUACUAGACUUUGAUUAUGAGAUGAAGCUGCUUGGUCAUGUGACCCAGCUGGUGGAUUCUGAGUCGUGGCCCUUCAACAAGGUUUCCCUUCAAACAUGUCUGGUGGAGUUAGCCCCUCUGGAGCCCAACGAGAUGAUCGAGCAUUGCUUGAACUGCUAUGGGAAACGUUAUCUUGAAAAUGACAAAGUAUUUUAUGCAUUGAACGAGGAUAAAGUCUGUCGGGGCAUCGCACUCAUGCUGCUGCAGAACGCUGUCAAGUUCAACCUGAGGGAGUUUCAGGAGGUCUGGCAGCAGAGCGUCCCAGAUGGCAUGAGCACGAGACUGGAGCAGCUGAAGAGUGUCGCGCUGGUGGACCGCACGUCCCGCCCACAGACCAUCUGCCUGCUGCGGUUGGACGAUCUCCCAGAAGACACACUGCAGCGCUUCAACCACCUCUUUGCACUCAGAGAGAAAUGGACAGAAGACGACAUCACGCCAUACAUUCAAGACCUGUGUGGAGAGAAACAGAGUACCGGAGCCCUCCUGACCAAGCACGCCCGCUCCUCAAUGCAAAACGGGAUCAAGGUGUUCAACUCCAGGAGACCUGUGGCCACAUGAACGUGUCACAUUGAAAAUAAAUGAGAUAUCAUACUCUUACUUAAAAAAUGACUUUAGCAUUGUAGAUAUUUAUCAAUCAACCAUCUCAAAGAGUUAUUACAACUAUCCUCCCUAAAGUUCAAG